AAAGCAGAAGGCGAGAGAAUGUUUACAAGGUAGCUAGCUAGUCAACAAAUGUCAAAAUAUGUUUCUUUUGAACACACAGAUACCAUUGUACUGAAGAAGUGGCGUCCUCUUAUAUUAAAGAGUGGUGCGCACACCAGCGUUUAGCUGAAUGUGAUGCUCCUGUGCUCAGUAAACUGGCUCUACUGGACCGUACUGGGAGAACUGGCUGAGCCUGGAAAGAACGCGACUUCAGGGCCCAGCCCAGAGACCACACAGCACAAAUCCAGCCCAGUGGAGCUGACAAGACCAAGAAAGUGAAAAGGUGAACCUUCUGUCAAAGCCCUACAGGGUGAUGGAGUGGGUGUUUGUGAUGAACAGGAUGAGUUCUCAGAGCAGUUCUCUGGCCCAGCGACGGCGUAUGGCUCUGGGGGUGCUCAUCCUCCUGCUGGUGGACAUCAUCUGGGUGGCCUCUUCAGAGCUCACCUCGUACAUCUUCAAGCGCCAGGACUACAAUAAGCCAUUCUUCAGCACCUUUGCCAAAACGUCCAUGUUCGUGCUCUACCUGCUGGGUUUCCUGGUCUGGAGGCCCUGGAGGCAGAUGUGCACCAGGAGGCUUCGAGGCCGACACGCUGCUUUCUUUGCAGAUGCUGAGGCAUACUUUACUGCCUGCACUACAGACAACAGUCUGAACAACUCUUUAAGUGAGCCCCUCUAUGUCCCUGUGAAGUUUCAGGAUGUGCCGCCUGAACAGUUCCAGAAUGCCAAUGGAGACUGUCACACAUCCCCUAAAAAGCACCGGGUUCGGUUCAGCAACAUCAUGGAGGUUCGGCAGCUGCCUUCCACUCAGGCCCUGGAGGCCAAGCUAUCCCGCAUGGCCUACCCGGUGGCCAAGGACCACGAGUCCAUGCUGAAGACCGUGGGCAAGCUGACCGUGACCGAAGUGGCCAAAAUCAGUUUCUUCUUCUGCUUUGUGUGGUUCCUGGCCAAUCUCUCCUACCAGGAAGCUCUGUCUGAUACACAAGUUGCCAUCGUGAACAUUUUAUCCUCUACUUCGGGCCUCUUCACCCUUAUUCUGGCUGCCGUAUUUCCAAGCAAUAGCAGUGACCGGUUCACUCUGUCCAAACUUUUAGCCGUGGUUCUGAGCAUGGGGGGCGUGGCUCUGGUGAGUCUCUCGGGCUCGGAUGACCCAGACGACAAAGGCGCUCUAGGUUCUUUCUGGGCGUUGGCUGGAGCUGUCCUCUACGCCGUUUACAUCGUGAUGAUCAAACGGAAGGUGGAGCGCGAAGACAAGCUGGACAUCCCCAUGUUUUUUGGAUUCGUGGGCCUGUUCAACCUCCUGCUUCUCUGGCCCGGCUUCUUCCUGCUGCAUUACACCGGGUUCGAGGCCUUCGAGCUGCCCAGCAAGCUGGUGUGGAUGUACAUCAUCAUCAACGGCCUCAUCGGGACCGUGCUGUCCGAGUUUCUGUGGCUCUGGGGCUGCUUCCUCACGUCCUCGCUGAUUGGCACUCUCGCCCUGAGCCUGACCAUCCCCCUGUCCAUCAUCGCGGACAUGUGCAUGCAGAAGGCGCGCUUCUCCUGGCUGUUCUUCGCUGGAGCCAUCCCGGUCUUCCUGUCCUUCUUCAUCGCGGCGCUCCUGUGCCACUACAACAACUGGGACCCGGUGAUGGUGGGGCUGCGGAGGGUGUUCGCCUUCGUGUGCCGGAAACACCGAGCUCAAAGAUUGCCGGAGGACAGCGAGCAGUGCGAGAGCCUCAUUCCCCUGCACUCCGUCUCCCAGGACGACGGCGACAGCUGCUGCUCAUGAGCCAAUCACGGGCUUCCAGGGAGAGAGAAACGGAAGUGACCGUAGCACAAGGCAACGUGACAAUCUCCAAAGCAGCUGAACUGAACCCCAUAUUCCCAGUGCCUCUCUUUAUUUAUUUAUUAACAACUCUGUCUACAGCGUCCAGAGGUCUGACUGAUCCCUUUAAAAAGAUGUCGCUUGAGCCCAUCAAUAUGCUGGAUUUUUUUUGUCCUUUUUUUUGUUUGUUUGUCCGUUCGGUUUUAUAUGGUGUCUUAUUUUAUAAACGGUACAUGGGUCAUGGCGACCCGGUCUCCCAUGCGGUUCUGAAUGUAACGAAUAAGAACACAGUAGGCAAACCACUACAUAUUUGCAGAAAUUGCUGAGGCCCUGCGUUUGUUUUUGUUUGGGCGCGGUGGGGGGAAUGAUGGGGGGUUCUCUACGGAUAUCAGGGCCUGAGUAUGUGGCUUGUUGGCCAAUGCGUGAAGCAGAGCGAGAAAUCGCUGAAAGGAAGCUACAAGCGCAAAGUCUCGCUCUCCGGCUGUAAACAAUGCCAUAUCCUGAGGCUGUACAUAGUGUCAGAAAACAAAUAUGAAAGUGUUAUGUUAUUGUGAGAAACAAUCCAAUAUCGACGACUGUGAGCCUUCAAGACUAUUCCACCGAGACCCGCCGAUAGUAAUGGGUGACUAACGCUCUGUGACUUUACACCGUGAAAGAUUGAAACCUGCGUCGAGACCAAGGUCUGCUCCGCAGACCGGCGUGUGUAUUGCUGUUGUGAAAUCCUCUUCAGGUUUCAGCAGAGUGAAGGAAAGAUCACUCACGACAUCAGAGCAAAUCAGCAAGCCAUUUUCAGAGGAUGAGAAAAGUGCAUACACUUGCGUUGUACUCUUAUAGGCAUUCUCCUGCAGCAUUUUAAAAAGGGUGAAAUUCAUUUUUUUCCCAAAAAGAACCCUUGUAUCCUCAUCAUCUGUAAUGCAGAUUAUCUUCCACUUCAUACGGUCUCAUUCCUCAGCCAGUUUAACAUGAUUCAGUGAAUCCCAGAAUGUUAAUGUUGAAGACAUCAAAUAUGAUUACCGACAUGUGCUUUCUAUAACUAGCUCUAACUAUCUUCAUUCAUAUUAAAUGUUGCCAUACAGGACACUAUACUUGGUACAAUUUAUCCAAGUGUGCUCAUUACUGUUUAGAACUAUGUAGAAGUAGUAUUAAUGCACAUUUUAGGAAUAUCACUGACUCAGUCAAGCCCAAAUUCAAAUGCAGAACAUGGUGUGAAACUGACCAGUGUCCAAUUAAAAAUUGUGCAAACUGCAUCUACUGCAUUGUGGCUUCAUGCAAGUUGUGACAAUGGUUUGCUCAUAUCAGUUUAAAAGAUUCACACAAAAUAUUGCUUUGUUUUUAAUAUUUCAAAAUGUACGGUCGCAUAAAUCCCACUUAAUUGUAAAAUACUGGAAGCAAAAUGUAUAAAGUGUAUAAUUGGCCACAAGUUGUGUUUUGUUUUGUAUGAAUGUUAAACCUGUUUGAAACAUACUGUGUUCCUCUCUCGAUGGUGCUUCAGUGUCUGUGCAAGGUUUAAAGAAUGACUUUGAGGUCUCAGGUACUCUGGGGGAGAGCAGUAUGAUUUUUAUGAUUUGUUUUUUUUAUUGUUUUUUUUUUUUGUUGCUUUAUCUAAUCACAGCCUUUCUAUUGUUUUGUAUACAUAUUUGUAAGUGUACAAUGAUCUCCUUUUAAAGAUGAGUAUGGCUUUGUAAAAGCUCUCGUUUUGUAGUCAUAGCCACAAUAAAUGCGAAAAGGAAAUUUU